CCUAGACCCCUUAGUACCAAACUGAGUAUAUUAUGUUAAGGAUAGUACUAUUGAAACAACUCAGAACCAAAAGUGUACUAAUUUCUUCCUCCUACAAUCAAGAAAAGAAAAAGCACACUUCUGAUUACAUCAAUAUUGAUCUAGGGUUCAAAUUUCCUAGAACAUGCAAUAUGGUUUUUUUUUUCUAGCUGAAGAAGAAAAAGGUAGCAUAUGGGGUUUCAUGAAUAUGAGCUGAGAAAAGAUUCUUGUUAUUGGGUCUCAGUUUAAAAACCUCAUUUAAACAAAGCAAGAAAAAAAGAAAAAAGAAAAAAGAAAAAAAGAAAGAAGAGAAACUUGACCUUUCCCUAUAUAUUCUCUAUCUUUACCCUUGGCCCUGUUGUUUUUCACUCUUUAAUGUACUCCAAUGUAACGGAAGAGAUCUAGCUGGUUGGUGCCUCCAAGAAGACUAUUUAUUUGGUUGUUUACUAAGUCAAAAAAUCAUAUUUUAAGUUUACUUAUAAAAAAGGAGAGAGAAAAAGUCUUGUUGAGUACUGUAGAUAGAUAACUUCUGGUGAAGUCUUCCUUGGAUAGUGAGCAUCUUAGGUGAAAAAGUGAAGAACAAGAAAAAAUGGCUAACCGAUGGUGGGCUGGAAAUAUAGCUAUGAAUCCAAUGGUUUCAUCAAGAAGCAACACAGAAGAAGAAAAUAACCCCAGAAGAGAGCAAGAAUUCAUGGAUACAACGACUAUCGAACCCAUCACAACUACCACCACAAAUAGCAGUGGAAGCAACAACACAAAUCCAAACCCUAAUGAAGGAGAUGAGAAUAUCCAGAGUCCUGGAGGUCUGUCCUCGGGACCGUCGUCCAGUGGACAGCGUAGGGCUAGAGGAAGACCUCCAGGCUCAAAGAACAAACCCAAACCACCAAUAAUAGUUACUAAGGAAACCCCAAAUUCCCUUAAGAGCCACGUGUUGGAAAUUAAAACCGGUAGUGACAUAAUUGAAAGCAUAGCCACGUUCGCUAAUAGUCGCGGACGUGGCGUGUCCGUUUUGAGCGGAAGUGGGAUAGUGACAAAUGUGAAAUUACGCCAACCGGCUAUGGCCGGGGGCGUAAUUACACUACAUGGCAGAUUCGAGAUAUUAUCUCUCUCGGGAGCCUUUUUGCCUUCAUCGAAUUCGCCAGUUGGAGCUACGGCUACUGGACUAACGGUGUACUUAGCUGGAAGUCAAGGACAAGUUGUUGGUGGAAAUGUUGCGGGUGAAUUAAUUGCGUCAGGGCCAGUUAUGGUAAUUGCAGCAACUUUUGCAAAUGCUACAUUUGAUAGAUUACCAUUAGAGGAUGAAGAGGAGGAGAAUAAUGUAAGUGAAGGGAUGCAAAUGCAAUUACCUACAAAUGCAGGGGUUGGUAAUGGUGGUACUGGUAGUUUGCAGGGUGAUGAUCCAUCUCCUCCUCCUUCUAUGGCUAUGUACAAUUUGCCCACUAAUGUUUUGCCUAAUGGUCAAAUGCCCCAUGAAGUUUUCUGGGCUACUCCUCCUUCAAGGCCUCCUCCAUCCUAUUAAUUAACUUAAAUGGACUAUAGUUAGUUACCCUUUUUUAGAAACUUUUAUUUUUCCUUGUUGUAAGCCUAUAAUUAGGAAGAUUAUUGUAUCCCUUGUGAAUGUUUUGCUUUAAUUAGGUUUCAGUUUAUGUUUGUAACUUUGUAUCCUUUAGGUUUUAUCAAUUUGGGUUUUACUUUUCUCUAAGCUACGCUUUUUGUAGAAAUUGUUGAAUUGUGCUUGAUGUAGGUAACAACAAUAUAAUCUUGGUCUAGACAUGGAGAAGAAUCAGUCACAUUUAUCCUGGAA